CUCUUACCAUCUCAAACACUUGGUGUAGACAGAGAAAUUUUUCAGUUUUUUAUACGGUCUGAUUAGUUAUUUUGGUUGCAGGUAAAUCCAAUCAGCAUGGUUCUGAAGGUGGAAGAUGACGAACCGUACGGGGAAACUAAGCCCAUUUUGGACGCAGGUGGAACAAGUGACGCGGAAGACACUGAUCUGAGAAUACAAGAGGUGUAUAAAAGUAUUACUAGUACAAUUAAGACUGAUCCGCUAACGAUAGACAAGCCAGCGGUCGCCCUAGAUCUCUUCUCCACAGCUGUGCACGUGAAGAAUGCGGCGUUAGCGAAGCAAUGUAUCGAAAUCCUUAACAAUCUCCUAAACAAAAGAGAUGCGCUUCUGAUCUUGAACCAUCUGUCUAAAUGCAGAUCGGAUACGACAGGCGACACGUGUGAUUUGGAACCGUCUGCACCUCCUAUAGAAGAAGCUCCUGAUGAAGAUUGGGUACAUGAUUUGGUAGACAACCUUAGGAACAACUGUCUGUUAGAAAUCGACAAGCAUGCCGACUACGUGCUGAAGCAGAAGGAAUUUUUGGAAUUGGUAUACGCAGAUGUGCUCAGUAUAACCACAAGGGACACGUUGCAAGUUUCAAGUGAGAUUAUAGUAUACAGUGCUAUCAUGAGGUGGUGUAUAGAAGAGUGCAGAAGAAGGACCUUGCAGACGCAGAAGGUCAAUUUAAAGGCUGUGCUGAGGGAUCUCGCCUAUGCUCCAAGGUAUGGCCUCAUGUCAAAAAAGGAGUUCCUAUGCCGAACGAUAGAUGGUGUGAAAGGACCAGAUCGAAGCGGUGUCCUGGACGAGGCAGAAACCGAAAGAAUACUGGAACACAUCAGGAAGCGCGGAAAAAACAAUCCUGGCGAACUACCUUUCAAGGGUUCAGUACCUAGAAGGGCUUCAAAUGGCAAACACUGGAUGUUGCAUUCUGGAAUGACCAGUACGAAAGGCACAUGUGACAAGUUCAUCAUCAACUUUCUUACAUGCUGGACUGCUGUUUUUGACUGAAUUAUCUGCAUCCUAACCAGGCCAGGCAAUAGAAAAUAAGAGGGUUUCAAUAGGGACACUACCAGAAAAUAGGUUUGGGAUAGUAAAUUACACAGGUCGACGCUUACCCAGAAACCAGAAUAUACUUUCCCGAAGGCUUUUGGCUCUAGUUUCCGAGACAUCCUAUCCUGAAAGUACAAGAAUAGCAAUUUUGCCUAUUUAUGAGGAUAUGUAGCAUGGUGAAUUAUUUUUUCAAAAGACCAUAGACAGUCUGAAAGUAUCAGAUACAAGCCUUGUCUUUUCAAAUGCCGUUGAGGUUUGCUCAAAUAUAUUUUUCUUUCGCUGAGAUAUGGCACUUUGAACCUUUAAUUUUUCUGAUCUGGAUCGGAUCAUCUUUUAUCAGAAGAACUUAUUUUUUAUUUUAAGAAAAGUGUGUAAUCGAAAGUAAAAACAUUAAACUCGGCUUUGAUAGGGUGGAGUGGCAUGUGGUUUGCUAAAAUUCAGAUAUUUCAUUGACUACUUAUGGGUUUUUUUAGUUGGCAGAUCGUAAUUCAUAAAAGUACUUGUUAUUACAUUUUUGAUUUAUUUCAAUACAAACCUCAAUUUUGAUGCAUAAAGUGCAGUAUACCAAAUACUAGUACAGUGAAAUUGCGGAAAAUUAAAAUUUUAAAGCGAAAAAAGGGCAUUUGAAAGGCUUGUGAUUUGAAAAAACGUCUAUAAUUGAAAAAAAUAUUUCACCAUACUCGGAAACCAGAGCCAAUUGAUAGAUCUGGACCACGGAUGAUUUCAAUUCGGCGCAUCAGAAACCUUCAGGAAAGUAUACUCUGGUUUUUUGGUAAGAAUCUCGACGUCCUGUCUUAUCACAUAGAGGUUUCUAUGGGCCGGCCCAGAAACAGUUGUAAAACUUUUAAAAAUUCCAUGUAUCCGAACUAAACUAGAUGAACUUGAAAGGCCUCUAUUUGUAUUAACAGUAUAGUGAUUUGGAGGAAAAUGGAUGACUGGACUACAAAAAAUCAAUUUACUAUCUUUUUAUCAUUAUCUCAUCAUUAUCAUGUGUAGUUAAUAUUUAAAAAUAUAAUUUCUGAAUGAGGGGCCUUCCAACUUUAUCUAAUGAAUUUUCGGGUAUUAGGCCAGAAUUUUUUUAAUAUUUGAUCCAUAUAAGUCUAAGCUCCCUUUAUACCAAAUUGCUGUCUUUCGUCUGUUGACUAUACUACUAAGCAUGCAUUUUCUUCACUCUACGAAACACACAAGUUCAUAGGAUAUUGUACAUGUAUCAGUUGAAUGUCAUUUUUUUCUGGUGGAAUUUCUACGGGCCAAACAAGUAGUUGUGUACCCUCAACUCACGUAAGAAAUUUUUGUGAUAUGUAAUACUUCACUACCGCCAUCUCGAAUCACGUUUGGGAAUUUUUAGAAGGCUUUAGCGCAUACAGUGAAUAUAAUACUAGCUUCAAAACAAUAAGAGUAAUUUUCAGCAUUUUUCAUCACAUUCGAUGUUAGGCAGAAGUAGUGAAGGAGGGAUUGUCUAUAGAAUUAAAUGAUUUUUAUCUUGCAAAGAUAGGACGGGAAAUAGUCCACCUAGUAUCUUCGUAUCUGCUCGGCAAAAUAUCAUGAUUUGGAUUUUUGCAUAAUCUUAUCCUAAUCUGUAUGUUGGCAAACCCAAAAUGCGGCAAAAACAAUUGUUUACACAUUUUUUAAUAACUUUUAUAAAUUGAUUAUUGCGCCCCGGUCAGCAUUUUUAGGUUUACCUGGAACAUUGUAAAUAAGGCAGAUGUUUUAAAUAUUUUUUUCUCUACCGUUGACAGUUUUCCAGAUAUAAGCGACUCAAUAUUUCAAAGUGUGAAACGCCAUCUUUAACCCUGUAAAACAAUAUAAAAAUUCGAUAAUGUUAUCAAAGUACCUAAAUAUUCUUCAAAGAUCCAUUAAUAAAGCUCCAAAGCAUUUUAGGAGCUUAUCGGAAUAAUUUACUGCGAUAAGCCUUAUAUAAGUAGAGUUGUUCAGCUUUCGUUUGUUGUCGAUCGAGACCAAGCCUACACCUGAGGAGUUGCCAAAUAGCACGAACCAGUUGUUCAGGUUUGGCCGCCUGUGGUCGGACGAACGAAAGCUAUAUUACAAGCAUUUUAGGGUGUACUGUUAUUGUAAAACGUUUUUUUAGUUGCUAAUCAAGUAUGCGCUUAUUUUUAGCACAUCCUCCUCAGUCUGUGCAAGGCCCAGAUAAGACCAAGCCUUGAGUACUGCUCACAUGAUUGAGGUUCUGCCAACUCGAAUACAUUGUCCACACUCGAUGCUGUUUAGAGGUGGUAAACGAUUUUGCAUUCUUGUACCGCUACGUCAGCUGGGUUUGCCCCUCAGAGCUCUUCUCAAUCAUGACGCCGCACGUUGAGACUGCUAGACGUAUCACCCAGGCUUCUGCCUCCCAUCCCAGCUCUGUCGAACUUCACAUAUAUGUACGACCACUCCUUCAUUUCUAGGAUGUCAAAAUUGUUGUGGUCUGCUAAUCUUGGCAGUUCAAAAAUUGGACUAUCAAUGCAGCUUUAAGUUCCUUAUAGCAGUCGUGGUGCUCCGGUAAUUCGGCUUCUGUCUACGCGACGCUUGAGUAUAAAAAUGAAAUUAAAAAACAAGAGCUUACAAUAAUGCGACCUAAAAUGUUUGGGAUUUUGUUAAUCGAUUUUGGAGGUCUGGCAACACUGUAGUUAUCGUUCCUUAAUAUUGUUUUACGAAUCGAAAUUGGGACAUCUUUUAUUUUUGAAAAUUAAAUCGCUUAUGUUUCGUACAAAAUCAUCUUUAGAAACAUGUUUUGAAGCACCUUUUUUGUUCAGAAUGUCGUAAAAGACUAAACACAUUUUAAUCGGAGCGAUAAAAAUAUUUUUUUAAAUUUGUUUACAAAAAUCGAUCAAACAAAUAUUGACACAAUUUUGGGCUAGGCAACACGUAGAUUUACUGAGAGGGGUUCUUUUUGAAUGAGAUUAUGCAAAAAAUCUGAAUAAGAAUAGUUUUCCGAGCAGAUGUAAAGAUCGUACCUGGUAUAUAUAAAAAAAAACUUGACUGAAUUAAAGUUUACAUAUGGCAGUAAUUGAAAGAAUUACAUACUCAAAUUUUUGCCAAUAAUAAUCCGUACAUCUCUAAAUGUGAUUUUUCUAAUUAAUCUACGAUAACAAUCAGAAUGUACUCAAUCUUCUUGAAGUUCAGCAACUCAUUUUUUUCUGAAAUUGAAACGUGAAAAAAUACUUAUUAAUUGUCGUAUAUAACUUUGAAGAUUGAGCAAUAUUCCUAUAUAUGCAUUCAUACCGCACAACUGACAGAGGAAUUUCACAAUGGGUUGAGCUAGGCGAUUAUAUCAAUGCUGAUUUACACAAGCCGUUAGCUAUGACACACUAUCACCCGCAAUAACGUAUAUCCUAGAAGUUUUAGCACAAAACUUUUAGCACAUACAUUAGGAUUUCAUUUAAAUGAGUAAAUGCAAGUGCGCUUAAUAUAAGUUUUAUUAUCGAAAUAAAGCAGCGCAAAGCGCCAUCUAUUACCAGAAUCGACUACUGCGAGAGUGUAUAGUAGCUACCGGCUAGAAGUGUACAGAUCUCAGUUCGCGUUUGAUAGACCCGUCACCCCUGUGACCGAUAGAUGGAUGACGAUUCUGGCGGUAUAGUAGAUGUGGUCUACUCACCAUUGUUUUUAAGUUGCCAAAAAGCGCAAAACAGCUAACCAAAGUUUUCGCAUUAAUCUUAGUCCAUUGAUAUUACCUCUAAAGGUAGGCAGUGGCGCGUAUCGACCUAGUCUGAGCCAUUGUGAAAAACGCGUAUCAAAAAGCAACCAAUUUUGAUCAGCAACUGAUAUCUUUGUCUGUUUAUAACUUUAGGCGUGGUUAUGCCUGAGUUUCACUAUCUACUUCUAGCUUUUCAGAAUAGCCCCCAUUAUUACAGGUAAUGUAUUCUUAAGAUUUUAGUCACUUAUUGGUCUGGAGUUGACUAUUCCGACAUAACCGUAUAAAUGAUGUUUUCCUGAAUAAAGAUGUUUUCUAAUACAUUGUAACACUAAAACAUCCUCAACUAUAAGUGUCGGUCACAAUUCGUGGCGAGGAAUAGGACACACUGCACAUCUCCUAAGAUGUUAAAUUGUAUGUUGAGAACGUCGACACUCAAUGUACUAUAUCACGUAUUUACAAUAGCACAUCUUGAUACGGCAGAUGUGUUAACAGAUAUCGUAAGUAAAUUUUAGCUGUGUAUGUUGUGAUUUUAAGCUUUUAACUAUGUUGUUUUGUUUAUAUUAAACGUUUUAUCCUUAUCAAGCUUUAUUGCAAGCAAAUGCUUUCUAACAUGUGAUUUAGUUACGUCGUCUUUUCUAUAUUUAUUUUUUUUUGUAAGAUUUAUUUAGUUUUUAAGUUUUUUAUGCUAUUAUUCUGUCGGAUACUCAAAGCUUUAUGCAAUAUACUUUUAAUGUGUACUUAUUUGACUAUAUUUUUUCUUAUUUCUUUGACAAAGAAAAAAAUGUACGUAGAUUUGAAAUAAUCAUAAGUUACAAAUAUUGAUAGUAUGGCAGAAAGCAACGAAUUUUUUGCAUGUAUACCUAUAUUUUAUUAAUUUUUCAAACAGAACGUUAAGGAAUUUAUAGGUAUUUGUCUAUAUCGUGAACCUUAGGUAUUAAAUAGAAUUUUGUACUGGAAUCAACGAUCUAAUUUGAUUGACCUGUAAUCUAGGGUCAUAUCUUUUCAGAAAUACCCGAAUUUUGAAUAUUCGAACUGAAGAUACUGGUUCACGAUAUGAUAAAUCACCUCUAACUAUAUAUCCGAGUGCACUUGUUAAUAUGGCUGGAAACCUUUUUGUAAUUUAUUUUCCAUUUCUCUGACGUAAUUGUCUAUUGUUUUUUUAUAAGCUGUGAUGUGUUUAGUAUUAUCAAUUAUUCUAUUUCGUUCAUUUCUUGCUGGAAGAAAAGUACUUUAUUAUUCAAUGGUGUUAUUGGAAAUUGGGCUGGACCUAACAAGUUGAUGGAUUAGAACCUUUAUUGUUGUUGAUUAAAUUCAAUUUAUUUAUUGUGCAUAGGUAUUGAAAGUCUAGGAGAAGAAAUAUGUUUAGAAGAGGUUAUAACGUACAUGUUUUGUAUGAGGUUUAGAAUACGUGGCGAGCUCAUGUUCCAUUUGAGCAAUGUUCAUAUACAUUUAUAAUCAUUAUAUCUGUGUAUUACGGAAUUGUAAUAUCAAAAAAUAAAUAAAUAUACUAUUAAAUCG